GCUGGCUCCAAGUCUGCAACGCACGUGCAUGUGUUUACGGAAUCAGUUUACUAGUGCUUCUGCUUAAAUAAAAUCAAAUAAUGACAGAUUUAAUAAAAACAAUCGACAGUGAUCAGGAGAUUGAGGAUUUAUCAGAACCCUCUGAUGAAGAAGACGACUUUCAACCUCGUUUAAAAGAAAAAAAAAAGGAGAAUGGUUUAGGAGGUGAUUUAGUUUUCAACCAAGAAGAUUUUGAGCAUGACACUUGGAAUGAUCUGAGCAAAUAUAUCAAACGUAAAGCCAAAACUAAGCUUGAUGACAAAAUCAAAAAAAUAAGAAAUUCUCACAAAGAGGGAGAUGAACCAUUAGAAGAACCUGUCAAUUUAGAUGAAGAAGAAACUGACUUGUUUGUCGCAGAAGAAGAUCUUAAAAAAGAUACCAUUAAAACUAAGUUGAAAAAAAUAAAAAAAGGAAAAAUUGAAGAGGAAGAAAAAGUUAAUUUUGAAGAAAUGCCAGAGUACGACAACUUGGCUUCAUUUGAGAAACUCAACAUUUCUCGUCCACUUCUUAAAGCAAUAGGCACAAUGAAAUAUUACAAUCCAACUCCCAUUCAAGCUGCAACAAUACCUGUUGCUUUACUUGGCAGAGAUAUUUGUGGAUGUGCUGCAACAGGUACAGGAAAAACUGCUGCCUACAUGCUUCCAACUUUAGAAAGAUUAUUGUACAAACCAGCUGGCGGGACACCAGUAACUAGAGUUUUGGUUCUUGUUCCUACUCGAGAAUUGGGUGUUCAAGUAUACCAAGUAACUAAACAAUUAGCGCAGUAUACUUCUAUUGAAGUAGGAUUAUCAGUAGGUGGUUUAGAUGUAAAAAUACAGGAAAGUGUUUUAAGAAAAAAUCCAGAUAUUGUAAUUGCUACUCCAGGACGUUUGAUUGAUCAUUUGGCUAAUGCACCUACUUUUACUUUAGAUACUAUUGAAGUGUUGAUUUUGGAUGAAGCUGACAGAAUGUUAGAUGAAUAUUUUGCUGAACAAAUGAAGCAAAUUGUCAAGCAAUGCUCCAGAACUCGCCAAACCAUGCUGUUUUCAGCUACUAUGACUGAAGAAGUAAAAGAUUUAGCUGCUGUUUCUCUUAAUAAACCAGUAAAAGUUUUUGUUGACAGCAAUCAAGAUGUUGCAUCUGCUUUACGACAAGAAUUUAUAAGAAUCCGUAAAGAAAGAGAAGGUGAUCGAGAAGCUGUACUAGCCGCCCUGAUAUGCCGUACUUUCCAUGAUCACACUAUGAUUUUUGUGCAAACCAAAAAACAAGCCCACCGAUUACACAUUUUGCUAGGACUUCUAGGAGUUAAGGUAGGAGAACUCCAUGGAAAUUUAACUCAGCCGCAGCGGUUGGAAAAUCUGCGAAAAUUCAAAGACGAAGAAAUAGACGUCUUGAUAGCGACAGAUGUUGCGGCCAGAGGUUUAGAUAUCAGUGGUGUGAAAACAGUCAUUAAUUUUGUAAUGCCAGCGACUUUGCAACACUACAUCCACAGGGUUGGUCGAACUGCGCGAGCGGGUCGAGGCGGUGUCUCGGUCUCAUUGGCUGGUGAGCAAGAACGUCAACUGGUAAAGGAAGUCAUCAAGCAAUCAAAAAAUCCAGUGAAACACCGUAUUAUACCGCCCAAUAUUAUCGACAAAUACAACAAAAAGCUUGUCUCGCUAGAGCCCGACGUUGAGAAAAUCCUCAACGAGGAGCGAGAAGAGCGAGAAUUAGCCAAGGUCGAAAAUCAAGCCAACCGCAUCGAAAACAUGUUGAAGGACGAAGACAAUAAAGAUCAGCGUGUUUGGUUCCAAUCACAGCGAGAAAGGCAUAUAGAGAAAAAAAAACUGCAAGGUAAACCGGAGAUGGAUAAAUCAGCCAAACCGUCAAAAGAUAAAUCUGAGAAAAGGCCUGAAAAGAAAUCGAAAAAACCAGCAAAGAAGUUGGAUCCAGCCGAAGAACGAGCUUUGCAAGAAUUAAAUAAAGUUGCAGCUUUUCAAGCGCGAUUAGCCAAGAAGAACAUUAAACCGAAGAAGAUGAGAUCUUGCGUAGAUGCUACUGCUCCUGAAGACCGUGCUGCCGGCAAGAAGAGGAAGGCUUCGUCCUUUGCCAGCGAUUUGACGGAUACGAGCAGGAAGAACGUCAAGAGAAUGCGAUACGAAGCAAAUACCAAAAAGAACCAGAAAGCGAGCAAAUCAAUGAAAAAAGCUAAAAUGAAGGGUAUUAAACCCAAGAGCAAUCCUAAAAGGCGUUAA